AGUAUCCGUUCGCACGUCUCGUGGCAACAGUCAUGUCUUAAAGCCUGCCCUCCACGUCGAGCAGCAUGAGUCGCGGAUGGGAGUUCUACGCAGAGAUAGUGGUGGUGGUGGUGAUAGUGGUCCACUGUCCUGGUUUAGUCAGACUCAGUGUGCCAGGCGGUGCAGCGCCAACAGCUCCAGUGCCAAGUGCACCGCAUAGAGACCGCCGAUGGCUACCGGCUGAGCCUGCACCGCAUUCCCGCUCCCCAAAACCGUUGGUGCCCCCAACAGCUGCGCCCCUUCCUCCUGAUGCACGGCCUCCUCGGAUCCGCCGGGGACUUCGUGUCGGGCGGAAGGGGCAGAUCCCUGGCGCUGGAGCUUCAUGCCCGCUGCUUUGACGUCUGGCUGGCGAACGCCAGGGGCACCACCCAUUCCCGCGGGCACCGCACGCUCCAGACAAGUGACGCCCGCUUCUGGCGAUUCAGCUGGCACGAGAUUGGCAUCUACGACCUGCCCGCCAUCGUGGAUUACGUGCUGGCGAGGACGAAUCGCCGCCAGCUGCACUACGUCGGGCACUCGCAGGGCACCACCGUUCUCCUGGUGCUGCUCUCGCAGCGGCCGGAGUACAAUGCGCGGUUCGCCAAUGCCGCCCUGUUGGCUCCGGUGGCAUUCCUCCAGCACCUGAGCAGUCCGCCACUGCGGCUGCUGGCCAGCGACAGCUCCAUGGCCACGCUGCUGCUGAACAAACUUGGCCUCCACGAACUUCUCCCGGCGUCGGCGCUGACCCAGGUGGGCGGCCAGUUCUUCUGCACCGCCUCCCGGCCCACCUACGCCCUCUGCACCCUCUUCACCUCCGUCUAUGUGGGCUUCAGCGACUAUCCAUUGGAUCGUGUGAGUACGAUUAUAUAUGCGGGCCAUAAUUUAGCCAACAAAGCGCCCGAAACUUUUUUCCUCUUGUAUGCAAAAGUUUUUAUUGCACUCUGGAGUGGGACCACCUCCCGCCUCUCACCUACCAUCCCCCCACCCCUCAAGGCCACUUCCCUGAAACUCCCGGAAACAGACAAACAUACGUACUAUCGAGGGCCGAAUGAGGAAGGGCGGAGGCCUUAGUUUCGGUAAUAAAAGUUAUUUGAAUUUAAAUGCGUAAACGAGCUGCUCCUGCCGGGCAGAGCUUCCUGGUGGCCAGCCGGUCCACAACUAUUGUGGAUGCGGAUAAAAGGGGAUUACGAAGGGGUGAUAAAUGCCCAACUGAGCGGGUUAAUUGGUGCGUGCGUACGAGUCAAGUUUGUGUAUCCAGAUUAUUUGAAUACACGAAAUAUAUCAAAAUACCUUUAAAUUAGUUUAGCAACUGCACACCAGUAGGUUCUUUAUGUGAUUAACCAAAUAAGUGCCUAUAAAAAUAGAUCGCUUAUUUCCUAACCGUAUGUUAAAUUUUAAUAUUUAGAGUAUUUCCGCAUAGACUCUGGAGAAUCCGAAAUGCCCACCAUAAUGUGCAACCGAAAGGUGCUCCAAACUUUCCCCCCUCUGCCCCACCGAAAACGCCGCUCCAGCUGGCGGCUAACUAGAGUAUAACACACAUUACGUAUACGCCACGGUGCCUUGAACACUUUUUGUUUCCCGCGCACACGGUACAUUUAAAUUUUGUUUUGCCGUGAAAUAUGGCAAAUAAAUCGCGAGCGUGCAACGAAGGAAGCAACUUUAUGGCUUAUCUGUGUGUUCGGAGUGUUUUCGGGGCGCGUGCUCAAAAGGCUUACCAUCCGCAUCCGAGCUGAGUUAGUUGGUGUGUUUUUGUUGGUUGGCCGGAAUAUAGGGGGGUCGGAUUCGGAAUCGGGGUCGGACCUCGGUGCCAAGUGGCGCUUGUAAGUUAUUAAAGUGGCGCUUUGGCCAAUUGGCUGCGGCCCUGGACACUGCGAUGCAAAGCUGGAUUUGGAUUUUUUUUUAGUUGCCUGAAGAGCACAAAUAAGGGUUAGGAAGUUGCCGCGCAUACAGUGCUCGAAUCUUUUCACAUAUGCGGCCAUAAAUAAGCAUUUCAGGCGUUGAAUAAUCCAAAGGAUAAGUGAGGAGUGGAGGCGUGGCACACCCUUUUAAAUGCAUUUUAAAUAAGCAUGGCAAAAAAAAGUUCAGUUAAGACUAAGGGGAUUAAGCUGUGGAUUAAAAAACUUAUGUUAAGUGAUUAGCCCAUUGAAUUUAGUACUCAUCGGUAUCAACUUGACUCGUUGAAGCAAAAAAGUGUGUCUAUAUAGUGAACUCUUCACCCCAAAAAACUAGUUGCCAAAACUGGUAUUUGCGAACUAUUGUUUCCGAUGCGACUGUUUAACUCAGAAAACAAAUUCCCCGAGCUACUGCCACUUGACUCGAGAGUCACAGAUACUUGGCGGAGUCAUAACCUCCACGAAAAGUCAACAAACCAGAUCCGGCAGCGGAAAAUUGUUAAGCAAAUACAUGAAAGACGCCGAGCUUGAGCAAAUGGAGCGAGGCGAUACUUGCGACAACUGCCGAACAUGCCGCACCACCACCACAGAUGGAGGUCCGAAUAAAUAUUUGUGCAUAUUUAGUAACCCGGCGGCCUCCCACGCCCUCGCCCACGCCCACGACCCCCAAAGUUCAACACUCUUGGAAAAACUGCACUGCGUCGAAUAAGAUUGCAGCUGAAGUGCAAAAAAAUACAAAAUUCGAGAUGUAAGAAAAAUAAAUGCAAGGGAUGGGAUGGCAAAAGAAAAACUCGGGAAACACAAACAAGCUGGCGGCACAAAAUUGCCAGUAUUUGCCACAAGUUGCUGGCUGGUGGCUGCAAAAAGGAAAAUGGGAAAUGCGAAAUGCAACGGCCAGGCGGAAAAUCAAAUAAACAUCAAAACAAAAAAUGUGUCGCCGCAGGACGCAUGCAACGUUUCAAUGGCUUGUCAUGGCAUUUUAAAGUCGGCCGAUUUACAUAAAAUGCUAUAACUGAGGGGUCGCAAAAAGUGGCCAACAACGGAAAAAAGUUCGCUCAUUUUUUCAGACACUCUGUUUAAACAACGCUUUUCGGAUUUAAACGGAAUUUCCGCAUGCAAAACUCCCCAAUUAAACUGAUGAAGCUCUUCAGUCCCAUUUAAUUUACAAUCAGCUUUUUAUUUCUCAACGUUAGGUUUUACAUUUAGAAGGCACAAAUAAUACUAUUUACAAUUGCAAUCGGGGAGAUUAUUCAUUAAAGCAUUACAUUUUUAAAGUGUUAAUUUAGUAAGUAAAAAGAUACAUUCCUGAGCACACAGUAAUUUUAAUUGAAGAUAACUUUCCUCAACUCAUUUCCCAUUCGAUAUGGGAAACAUGCCACGGCCCAUUGACUCCACUGUGUGAGUCAGUUGGUAUUGGUAUUUCCUUAGAAAAGGACUUUAUUGAGACCUCUCUCAGCCGCCUUUUCAAAUCCGUCGGCCAUUUCAAUCAGUGGCCCGUGGCAAUAUCAAUAUCAAUCUCGAUACAAAACUGAAAAGCUCAGUGCACUUACCUUAAUCAGAGGCUGAGAAUGCGGCGAGUGAGCGAGUGCGAGCAGCUAAUUUCGAAACAAAUAGCCGCAAUAUAAAUUCAGGCAGCGCCUCCUCCAUUGCAGAAUCAAAGCAAGGACCUCUUGGCCUUUGGCCCGAGUCCUCGCUCCUGUGCCCGCUCAUGUGUGAGUGGGCGUGUAUGAGUGUGAGUGCGAGUGUGAGCGAGUGUGCUUGUGUGCACUUCCGCAUAUGCUUUGUGUCGCAAUGAAACGGAAAUAGCAGCCUGAACACACACCGAUACACACAUGAGUGGUCAGGCGGGGUGGAGAUGGAGGUCCUGUUUCCGGCGGUUGCUCAUAAAAUUUAAGCGAUUCGGCGGCAGCUUAUGCCUAACAAAAUGGCCUGCCUUCUCUUCCGUUGCCAGAGCAUCUUGCCACGCAUCCUGGAAACGACGCCGGCGGGCAUUUCGCGGGGCCAGCUGCAGCACUUCGGGCAGCUCAUCAAUAGCGAGAGAAACUAUUUUCUCUGUGCAUCACAUUCAAGUGUGGUGCGCAUUAAAUGAGUCGCAUCAUCGUCCGCAGGCAAAUUCCAGCAGUACGACUACCGCUCCCCCCGGCUGAAUACGCUGCGAUAUGGCCGGACCACGCCCCCCUCGUAUCAGUUGGCCAAUGUACGCCUGCAGCUGCAGAUCUUCCACGGCAGCCGGGACACGCUGUCCAGCCUGGCGGAUGUGCAGCGCCUGGUCAGGGAGCUGCGGAACAGCGUCACGCAGAUGUAUCAGGUGCCGGGCUAUAAUCACAUUGACUUUCUGUUCGCCUCCUCGGCGCCCCAAGUGGUCUUUCAGCGCAUUAUUCAACAGGCCUGGCAGCUGGACAUGGCAUUGGCGGCGCUUUAAGGCAACUGAAAAUUCGUGGCUACGCGUGGGACUCCGACGGAACGAGGAAACAGGAAUAAGUUCCACCAAACGUGGACUGACAACGCUUGCCCUUUAUUUAAAUAUUCUUAGAUCGCAUUGAUUUACAUUUAUGUUUUGUAAUACGAAAAACAAAGAAAACGUGGAUAAAC